AUAGAAUGCUUCAAAUACAUAAACUAUUGCAUAGCUGGGAAAGCUUUCAUCCAAAUGUUUUGCAUUUAUAAAUCAACUGCCUUUUAUUAACAAAAGAAGUCUCAGCAGUUUGCAUUGAAGAGCCAUGGUGCUCAGUGCUAAAUUUUAAGGUUUAAGAAAAUUGCAAUGUGUCUUUUUUGUGUGAAAGAUCUGAAUUUUUGAACUGCUGACCUGGCCACACUGCAGCAAACCUAAUGCUUAGUUUCACGGCAGUGAAAGGCUUCACAUCUUAUGUUACCGAUCUUGCAAUAACGGGUUGGGCAAGACUGUUUAACGCUGGAAAAUAGAAUUAGGUUAUUUUUUUAAACUCGAGUAGUGCUUUGGGUUUAGGCAGUUGCCUGCCUCAAGGUGGCUGUGAGAGGAUGAGAUGGAAGGCGCACAGCCAUGUCCCAGCCCUGAUCGGUGCCCAGGGCAGUGGGGACAGACCUCCUCUCCUCCGCGUUCUCAUGCCAUCCUUGCAGCCAGCAUUCCAGGGCGCUAUGGAAUAAGGCUGCUAGAGCACGUGCCUGCACCCAAGUGGUUUCUGUCCAUGGGCUGUCAUUUCAGUGCAUUUUGCGGUUCCUGUCCACCUGCCUUGCAGUGCACAGGCAAUAAACGCACAGGAGGGUUGGGACAGCUGGAGCUGGGAGCUUCUGGUCUGGCCCAGUGGCACCAUUCUUGGUGUCUGCUUUGGUUUUCUGUAGAAGCCUUUUUGGCUUUUUGCUCCUUUGUUCAUUGUGCUUUCUUUGUGAAUAUAUACAUGCAUCCCAGUGGCUUCUGUGGGUGGCAGAAAAGGCUCAUGUGCACACUUUCCUGCUUUUCAUUGUCUAAGUUGUAGGGAGGAAACCCCUUUAUUUUGCAUGAACUCUGUCUCCCUACACCUAUUGACAGUGGUUUGUGUAGCUUUAUUAUAAAGAGAGGCUGGUCUGGGCUGUGGUGGGGUCUCAGUGACAAAGUUAUGCGGGUCAAUCUGCUGCUCAUACAGAAAAGGUUUCUACAUUCAUUUCACACACAUGAAUGCUUUUUUUUUAUUAUUAUUUUCCUUUUUCCUACAGUUCCCUACAUCCAGUGAUUUACCUCAUUUUCCAGAGUUAAGGCCCUGUCAAGGAGUACCAGUCAGUGAUGAGUUACAUUUUAGUAGAAAAAGAACUUCAGGGAAUUUCAUUCAGAAUAGCGUAGAUUUUAAGUCGGAGCAUUCUUCUGUCUAUGCUGGUCCUGUGGGCUCUCAUCAGCCGCAAAUAUCAGGGAAAUGUGGAACACUUGGACACACGCAGACACGUGAAAAGAGUGGUAGCGUAGAAUCUGAUCUACUCGCAGGCUAUGCUUUUCCAUUCUUCUGGUUGUGCCAGUGGAAUUGUUUGCAGGGCAGUUGUACCAGCCUAAAUUUUUCCAACAAGACCCAGAGAAGUUUUUACAAUCAAGCAGAGAAUACGAUGCCCUUCCAAGGUCCUAAUGCCAAUAUAGAAAUACCUCUUGUGUCUCCUCCAGGGGAGAAUUUGCAGGAGAAACAUGCUCCUCUGCAGCUGAAACCCACCCUGGUGAGGCAACAAGUCCCCUGCAGGGGCCUGAACGGGACAAAACCCAUCCCUCCCAUUCCCCGCCUGCUGCCAGAUAAGAUUAAGUUAAAUUUGACAAAGUGCAGAAAUGAAGAGUGCAAGGACAUGAGGCUGAAUAAAGCAGACAGGAAGCUUGCAGCAGCUGAUCUUUCAGCCUUAAAUGUGGAUGGUGAGGAAGUGGACCAGGAAGAGAUGAAGAAUUCAUUAAGAUCUCUACGAAACACUGCAGCUAAGAAAAGGGCAGUGUUAAGCCGCAACAUUUCAGGUCUUGAAAGUCCCAAUUCUGCUCUUAAACGUGAUCUGUCUGGGGGUUCCCCCUCGCAUGUGUCCUGCCCAAGCGUGGAAGCCUACAGCAAAAGCGGUGUUUACAGCCAGGACUCUGUAACUUCACCCAUGUCCACAGACCCCCACAGAAGGAGAAGAAUGUCAGACAAUCUUCUACUACUUGGCAAAAAAUCAGAGACUGCAAGAACAUUUUCUGCAAGAAACAGAGACCCUAAUGUGGCAGAACAUAACACCAGCACAGGUCUUGCGGAGCCAGCAUCUACUUUUCCACAGACAAACAAUCUAGAUUUCACCUCACAAAGUGUCCCAUCUGAAGAUGCAGUUGUAAUUGCUGGUAAGGCAUCCUUGUCAUUAGAAGAUGUGGCCGUGAAUCCUUCAGUAAAAAUAACAUCCAACUUCAAGAAGACAAAACAUCCAGCCUUGCUACAACGUGAUGAAAUUUCUCUUAGGGCACAAGGAAACUAUAAAGGCAAGAGGCCAUCAGUCACAGGAGCAAUGGACAAAUCGGAACUGGGUCCCUUUUCAAAGCUGGAAACGGCACUGACAGAAGCCUUGACACUUCUAGCUAAUGAUGACUGGGAGAAGAAGAUUGAAGGUCUGAACAUCAUUAGAUGUUUGUCUGCCUACCACGCGACUACUCUGAGUGCAAAGCUACAUGAAACAAGCAUGGCUGUGGCUCAAGAGGUCAAGAAUUUACGCUCAGGUGUUUCUCGAGCUGCUGUGAUCUGUUUAGGGGAUUUGUUCACCUACCUGAAAAAGAGCAUGGAUCAAGAACUAGAUUAUACAGUAAAAAUCCUUUUGCACAAAGCUGGUGAAUCCAACACAUUUAUAAGGGAAGAGGUAGACAAAGCACUGAAGGCUAUGGUUAAUAAUGUGACUCCAGCACGUGCACUUUCUUCUCUUAUAGAUGGAGGGCAAAGCCACCUGAAUUCAGCUGUGAGAAGAUGCACAGCUCAGCACCUCUCAGACACUGUAGAACGUAUGGGCCCGGACCGGAUUCUGUCUGGAGCCAAAGUUGCCGCUGAUCGGCUUUUCCCUGCAAUAGUCAGGUUUACACAGGAUAGUUCACAACAAACAAGGUAUUAUGGUCGAAAGAUGCUCUUCAGUAUGAUGACUCAUCCUGAUUUUGAUAAAACAAUUGAGAAGUAUGUAUUGACCAAGGAUUUGCCUCAUAUUAGGGAAGCUAUUACCAACCUACGUAAAAAGGGUUUGGAUGGCCUGCCGUCAGAUAAACCCGCAUCAAAAAGAAGACAUUCCCAUACUACUAGCGUUGGACAUUUGAAAGAUAAUACCAAUGGCACUGACAGAGAGACUACAGAAGCCUAUGGAGUCAUAAGAAAAGCAGCUCCUCGUAAUUUACUAGAAAAUGAAGAAUAUGUUAAAGACAUCGUAGGUUUAUUGAACGCAAAGGACUUCCAUGAUCGAAUACGUGGCAUUAAGCAGCUGUUAUUUGAUGCACAGAAUAAUCAAGGCUUUGUUGUUGCAAACAUCCUGAAGAUUUUUGAUGCUUUCAAGUGUCGCUUAAAUGACUUAAAUGGCAAAGUAAACCGGAUUGCUUUGGAGACGAUGCACCAGCUAAUUCCAUUGCUGAAAGACAAUUUAUCACCUGUGAUCAACAUGUUAAUUCCCGCUAUGGUCGACAACAACCUGAACUCCAGAAACCCGGGGAUUUACGCAGCUGCCAAAAAUGGUAUUCAGGCUCUGUGUCAACACCUAGACAACUACUUGCUCCUUCAGCCAUUCUGCACAAAAGCCCAGUUUCUGACUGGAAAAGCCAAACAAGACAUAACAGAAAAGCUUGCUGAUAUUGUGAUGGAGUUAUAUCCGCGGAAGCCUAAGAGUGUGGAGCAGAAAGUUCUAGUUGUCCUUUGGCACCUCCUGGGAAACAUGACGAACAGUGGCUCUUUGCCUGGAACCGGAGGGAACAUUCGGACAGCCACAGCAAAACUGUCAAAAGCACUUUUUGCACAUAUGGGACCAAGUCUCUUAACUCGCGCUGCAGCUCAGUCACCACAGAUCAUGAAGACUUUAGAAGAACUUUUAAAGACAGAAAGCUAAAGUAACGAUCCCUAUGCGUGCAU